UAUCGCACGUACACCCUUUCCUUGUUUUUCCUAUUUGACACCUAAAGACAUGAUCCUCCACACACUACCUAGAGACCAUCUCCAUCUCUAUUUCCUACCUUCUUCUCGCCCUUGUUAGCCAGAAACUACAAACAAGAAAAAGCCAUGACUACUACUACUACUGUGCUGGCUCACUUGGUUCUGCUAUGCUUCACCUCCUUCAUGCUCCUACCAUUUUCUCUCUCUGCGGAUGUCAAGUAUUGCGAUGCCAAAGAUGACUACGCUGUGAAGGUCCAGGGAGUCGAGAUAUCGCCGGACCCAGUGGUGAGAGGCCAGGCGGCUACCUUCAACAUCUCAGCCACAACAGGUCAAGCCAUCUCAGGUGGGAAAGUGGUGAUUGAAGUUUACUUUUUUGGGGUGCGUGUACAUACGGAAACUCAUGACCUUUGUGAGGAGCUUUCCUGUCCUGUCUCAGCGGGCAACUUCGUACUCUCUCAUACUCAAACUUUACCUGGGAUCACUCCACCGGGCUCGUACAAUCUUAGGAUGACAAUUGAGGAUAAUCAUAACCAGAAGUUGUCUUGCAUCAGUUUCAAUUUCAAAAUCAUCUUCAGAUCUCUGGUCUCUGCUAGUUGAGCACCAACUUGCCAGUAUGCCUUGUGAUGGAUCAUCUGAGCAUAAUCUGUAGUCCAGUAGAUAUGUAGUUUAGGAGUACUACGCUCUUGUAUAAAUAUAAUAUAAAAAGGGCACCGAGAGUGUAAGUAAGUGGUAUGUUGACUUUGCUAUACAUUUAUCACGUCUGGAAAUCAUACUACUAAGUGUCUAUUAUUGCCGGAGUCUUUUUUAUGUUUGGAGAAAAGCAUUUUUCUUCAGAUAAAGAACAGAGGCUUCAUGUAA